AGAGUACUAGGAUAAGUACUAAUAAGAUAAGAUAAAAAUGUGAGCGCAUUCGAAAACCCUUGGCACCACAAACAAAAUGGCAACCGCUCAACUCCUUCACUCCUCCUCCUCUUUCCUCCACCACCGGCGCAGCCUCAUAUCAUGCACAAUCACGGCCACCCCGCCGCCAGUCCCGCGGCCAAUCCCCGCGGCCGAAUUCUCGGCGAGAUACGUCCCCUUCAGCUCCAUCUCCAGCAACACCCCCAGCGCCGAGUCCUACUCCCUGGACCAAGUCAUCUACCGCAGCUCCGACGGCGGCCUCCUCGACGUCCAGCACGACAUGGCCGCCCUCCGCCGCUUCGACGGCCAGUACUGGCGCGCCCUGUUCGACUCCCGCGUGGGCAGCACGCGCUGGCCCCACGGCUCCGGCGUCUGGUCGAAGAAGGAGUGGGUCCUCCCCGGCAUCGACGACUCCGACAUCGUCUCCGCCUUCGAAGGCAACUCCAACCUCUUCUGGGCUGAGCGCUUCGGCAAACAAUUCCUCCACAUGAACGACCUCUGGGUCAAGCACUGCGGCAUCUCCCACACCGGCAGCUUCAAGGAUUUAGGCAUGACCGUUUUGGUCAGCCAGGUCAACCGCCUCCGCAAAUUGAACCCCCGCUCCCUCUUGGGCGUCGGCUGCGCCUCCACCGGCGACACCUCCGCCGCCCUCUCCGCCUACUGCGCCUCCGCCGGGAUCCCCUCCAUCGUCUUCCUCCCUGCCAACAAGAUCUCCUUGGCGCAGCUCGUGCAGCCAAUCGCAAACGGCGCCUUCGUCCUCAGCAUCGACACCGAUUUCGACGGCUGCAUGAAAUUGAUCAAGCAAAUCACGGCGGAGCUUCCGAUCUAUCUAGCCAAUUCGCUGAAUAGCCUCCGAUUGGAAGGGCAGAAGACGGCGGCGAUCGAAAUUCUGCAGCAAUUUGACUGGGAGGUCCCCGAUUGGGUGAUCGUCCCGGGCGGGAAUUUGGGGAAUAUUUAUGCAUUCUACAAGGGUUUCAAAAUGUGCGAGGAAUUAGGGCUGGUGGAUCGCAUUCCGCGCCUGGUGUGCGCGCAGGCGCGGAAUGCGAAUCCGCUGUACCGCUACUACGCGUCGGGGUGGGCGGAGUUCGCGGCGGUGAAGGCGGAGACGACGUUCGCCUCCGCCAUUCAGAUAGGGGACCCGGUGUCGAUCGACAGGGCGGUGUACGCGCUGCGGAGCUGCGAGGGGAUGGUGGAGGAGGCGGGGGAGGAGGAGCUGAUGGACGCCAUGGCGCUGGCGGACUCGACGGGGAUGUUUGUGUGCCCGCACACGGGGGUGGCGCUGGCGGCGCUGAUGAAGCUGAGGGGGAACGGGACGAUCGCGGCGGGGGAUCGGGUGGUGGUGGUGAGCACGGCGCAUGGGUUGAAGUUCACGCAGGCCAAGAUUGAUUACCACUCGGGCCGGAUCCCGGAGAUGGAGUGCCGGUAUGCGAAUCGUCCGCUGACGGUGAAGCCUGAGAUUGGGGCGGUUAUGGAUCACCUCAAUAAGAUGCUGCUGUCUCACACCAGAUGACCACACGUGCCAUUGUAUUUUGCCACGUGCUUCCAAAAACCUGUCUUUUUCCUAUAACAAAUAUGAUAUGGUUAUAGUUUUAUUCA